AUGGGCUUGCCGCCGCCCUCCCCUCUGCUCUUGGGGCUCCUCCUUCUGCAGGGCGUCCUGAGGCCGCUGUGGGGCGACCUGGUUUUCAUUCCUGCUUUCAUCCACAUGACCGGCCCCGCGGUCAGUGCGUCCCUGGUCGGAGGCACCGAGGAUGUGACCGUGUCCCUGGCCCUGCUGCAGGACAAGGAAGGAUUAUUGCCGGUUCCAGCUUGUGGAGUGCUGACCAAUGAGACAGAAGACUGGAGCUUGACUGUGACCCCCACCAAUGCGUUGGAUGUGACAGUGAGGUUGAAGAGGGGUCGGCAAAGGUGUUCCUCUAAUGAGAUGGAUUCCUUCUCAGAGUCCCCGUGUAUGGUCCAGACUCUUCUGGUUUCAGCAUCUCGCAAUUCAUCCUGUUUAGCCCAUCUACUCAUUCGAGUGGAAAUUUAUGCCAACUCUUCUUUGGCCCAUAAUGCAUCAGAGAAUGUGACUGUAAUUCCCAACCAGGUGUAUCAGCCCCUUGGUCCUUGUCCUUGUAAUCUGACAGCCGGGGCCUGCGACGUUCGCUGCUGCUGUGACCAGGAAUGCUCGUCCAAUCUAACAGAGCUGUUCAGAGAGGCCUGUUUUACUGGUGUUUUUGGAGGCGACGUCAAUCCGGAGUUUGACCACCUGUGCUCUGUGCAGGAGACCCCUGGGGCCCCUGGCUGGUUCCCGUUCCUGUGUGUGCAGUCCUCGCCGGCCAACUCGCCCUUCCUGGGCUACUUCUACCACGGCUCCGUUUCCCCUCGGCAGCACUCUUCCUUUGAGGUGAAUCUGCAUACUGAUCUAAGAGACUUUUCAGACUUCGGUUAUAAGCAAGGAGAUCCGAUCAUGACUGUAGACAAGGCAUAUUUUACCAUUCCGCAGGUGUCCCUGGCUGGGCAGUGCAUGCAGAACGCGCCAGUGGCAUUCCUUCAGAAUUUUGAUGUUCGCUGCACUACUAAUUUGGAAGUGUACCGAGAGCAAGAUGGUAUUAUCAAUGCGAAGAUCAAGAAUGGUGCAGUAGGAGGCAUUGUUACACCAAAAGUAACCUAUGAGGAGGCAGCCGACCCAGACAAAUUCAUCACCAGGACAGAAACACUUUUAAGCAAUGAAUCAGCCUCCAGAGACGUAAAUGUGGAAGAACAUUAUAUUUUCAGAUGGAAUAAUAAUACAAUCAGCGAAAUAAAUGUCACAAUUAUUAGAGCAAAAAUUAAUGCCCACCAGAAAGGGAGCAUGACACAGAGAUUUACAGUAAAAUUUUUAAGCUAUAAUAGUGGUGAUGAAAAGGAAUUUUCUGGGAAUCCAGGUUACCAACUUGGCAGGCCUGUCCGAGCUCUAAAUGCGGACAAGACGAAUGAGGCAACUCUACACCUUUGGCAAUCGGCUGGAAGGGGUUUGUGUGCAUCGGCAACUUUCAAACCCAUUUUAUUUGGAGAAAAUGCACUCUCUGGAUGUCUUUUAGAAGUUGGGAUCCAUGAAAACUGUACUCAGCUCAGGGAGAAUGCUGUCAAGCGACUUGACUCAUUAAUACAAGCAACUCAUGUUGCGAUGAGAGGCAACUCUGAUUACAACCAUCCUAGUGACGACUGGCUCGAAAUAAUCCGUGCAGAUGCCCCUGACACAGGUGCAGACCCUCCUGUCAGUGUGAAUGGCAUCUGCGUGGACAUUCCUGCCCGACUGCAUAUACGCAUCCUCAUCUCAGAUGCUGGUGCAGUGGAAGGGAUUACUCAGCAGGAGAUAGUUGGCAUAGAGACGAGGUUCUCUAUGGUGAACUGGCAAUUCCAGUGUGGGCUUACUUGUGAGGAUAAGGCCGACCUUUUCCCUGUCAGUGCAUCCGUCCAGUUUAUUAAGAUACCUGCACGGUUACCCCGUCCACUGACAAGAUUCCAGAUCAAUUUUACAGAGUAUGACUGUAACAGAAAUGAGGUGUGUUGGCCGCAACUUCUGUAUCCAUUGACCCGGUAUUAUCAAGGUGAGGCUUAUUCUCAGUGCGUGGCCAAGAGCUUACUGUUGGUAUCCUUCUUGGUAUUAGCUGCAUUCCUCAGUAACCCCUGGACCAGAACAUGCAAAGCUUGAAAUUCAUCUACCACCUGACUUCUCACAGACCACAGACUUUUGCUUCAGUGACUUGUCGUAUUCCUGUGUGCCUGUCUGUAAAAUUGUAAUAAAUGCAGUGCUUUAUUUUUGUAAAAA